ACCCACCAUGCUAAUAUUGGCAAAGUUCAAGAAUGGACCUAGAACAGCCUCGCCAAGCUAGCCAUACCCUGAAACCUGCAAUGAGAAAAACGACAAAUCUGGCAGAACCGAUAAGAUGGACAUUUUGUCUUGCAUCAGUCCAACAUGUAACCAGAAGCUCGUGCGGACGGUACUGGUUUCUCUGCGCAUCCGGUGGGUCAUUGCGACAUUAUGACGCCAGAGGAAUACUUGAUCUGUAUGAUAUAGCCAGUUUACCGUGUAGCUUUCGCCCGCCACUUUUUCCAGCUUAAAAGACACAACAAAUCCUGCUGGAUUCUCUGAAAUUAAACUCAUUUUGAAAUCUAAUACCCAGCUUACUACCAAGGAAUUAUUCAAGAUGUCGACUUCUUCAGACAAAGGCGGUGGUUUUGGGGUGCCGGAGACCCCGCAGGCCCAAGCAAAGCCAGGCCUGGAAUCUCAGAUGCAACCGGCCAGUGAAGCUACCAAAGUAGAGACACCAGAUGGUUUGGUAGAAUACGCGGGUAGUGGGAAGUUAAAGGAUAAGAAGGUUCUCAUCACCGGUGGAGACUCCGGAAUCGGUCGCUCGGUUGCCAUCCUCAUGGCAAGAGAGGGAGCCGAUAUCACGAUUGCCUAUCUUCCCGAAGAGCAGACCGAUGCCGAGGAGACGAAGAAAGCGGUAGAGGCGGAGAAGCGAUCAUGCCUUCUCGUUCCCGGGGAUUUGUCCAAGCGUGAUACAUGUCGCGCAACGGUUGAGAAGCACAUUGAGAAGUACAAGAAGCUUAAUGUGCUUAUCAAUAAUGCAUCCAAGCAGUAUAUCUGCAAGGACUUCGCCGACAUCGACCUCGACAAAGUGCAAGAGACGUUCCAGUGUAAUGUCCUUCAGAUGAUGGCGGUUACCAAGUUUGCCCUUCCGCACAUGUCUAACGGCGACUCCAUUAUCAACUCUUCGUCUGUUACGGCCUUCCGAGGAUCUAGUGGCAUGGUGGAUUACUCCUCCACCAAGGGCGCUAUUGUUAGUUUCACCCGGGCGCUGGCGGCCCAGUUGGCGCCAAAGGGGAUCCGAGUGAAUUGUGUGGCACCGGGUGUUAUCUACACACCUAUUCAAGCGGACACACGAGAGCCCGACCAGAUGGCUGGCUUGGGCAAAAGCUCCCGGAUUGGACGGCCUGGUCAACCGGUGGAGGUUGCAACCAGCUAUGUAUUUUUGGCGAGCCCUGACUCCUCCCUGUAUUGUAUGUUCACACCCCUCGACCCCAGUCAUUGUGUGGUUGGAUACUUACUCUCAGCAGAUGGUCAGGUGAUGCACUGCUACCCGCUGGGCGAUUAA